GUAAUAUAGAAUCUGCUAAUUAGUUAGGUUUACGAUUUUGAAAUAACAGUUCAACUAAUCGGUAGUUAUGUUGUGUAAAAUAUCAGUGUUUGUGGUGUUUAUUGCGGCAUUAUCGCUAACGGAUUCGGCAAAAAUUUUAGGAUACUUCUUAUAUCCAUCCUACAGUCACCAGAUAGUUUAUCAAAAGAUAUGGUUAGAGUUGGCCAGACGAGGCCACGACGUUACCGUCUUUACUCCAAAUCCGACAAAAAGCAGAGAGUUUCAAAACUUAAAGGAAGUUGAUUUGAGUGAUUCGUAUAAAGUUUUAGAGGAACAUCACGAACUUAUUUCGGAUUACGAUGACGUUGACUAUGUUGAAGAUACGAUAAGACUAACAAAGUUAUGCAAAUUAGUUUUGGAACAACAACUAACACAUCCAGAUGUACAAAAUCUUAUUCAUAAUAAUACCGAGCAAUAUGAUCUUUUGGUUGUGGAAUUUGUAUAUCCAAUUAUUUUUGGAUUGAAAGAAGUUGUGAAAGCACCAAUGGUGGGAAUUCUCACAUUCGAACCAUCCCUAUCUUGGCAUGACUAUAUGAGAAGCCCUACUCACCCAAUAGCAACCCCAAAUUCAUUUCUUCCCAUGUAUAAGAAUUUAACAUUUCUUGAACGAUUAUACAGUGUGUAUCAUUCGGUGCACUAUCGAGUAUCCUUGGUAUUUAGAGUGGGCUUUCCUAUGAGAGGACUUCUGUAUCAAAUAUUUAAUACUACAAAGAAUACUUUUGAACUGGCUGCGGAAACAAGUAUUGUGUUUGUAAAUACACCAAUUUUGGGACUUCCCAGACCAACAGUUCCUCAAAUGAUUACGUAUUCUGGAUUACAUUUGAAAGGACCAAAUGAAUUAUCCCAAUUACCUAAGGAUUUAAAAAAUAUUUUGGAUACUGCCGAGAAUGGAGUGAUAUAUUUCAGUUUAGGAUCAAAUAUAAAAAGUGACAAACUUUCCGAUGAUAAGAAGAACGAAUUGUUAACGGCAUUUUCACAACUCCCUUAUACUGUCCUAUGGAAAUUUGAAAAUGACAGUAUAGCUAAUAAACCAGGGAAUGUUUACAUAAGCAAAUGGUAUCCCCAGCAAGAAGUUUUGGCCCAUCCAAAUGUAAAGCUCUUCAUAACUCAGGUUGGACUUCAGUCUUUGGAAGAAGCAAUUCAUUUCGGGGUUCCCUUAAUAGGGAUGCCUUUCUAUGCCGAUCAACAUCACAACGCAAGAAAGAUUGUUUACCACAAAAUUGGCGUUGAAGUUGAUUACAAAACUUUCACGGCUGAAAGUCUAAAAUCUAGCAUAGAAGAAGUAAUAAGAAAUCCGAGUUAUAAAGAGAAAAUAUCAAAAAUAUCAGAAUUAAGUCGUGAGAAACCAAUGGACGAUUUGGAGAAAAUAGUGUGGUACAUGGAAUACGUUAUUAGGCAUCAAGGAGCUCCUUACCUAAAAAAUUCUGCACUUGAUUUACCACUCUAUCAGUACCUUAUGUUGGAUGUAUACGCAUUCUUGAUUAUUUCAGCUAUUUUAAUUUGGCGCAUUAUGCGAAAAUUAUUACGAGUUUUAUCAAACGUAUUUAAGAGUAGUCCAAACAAAGAUAAAAGAGAUUAGCUUUAAACGAACUAUCACAAUCAGUCAUUAUAAUGGAAGAGGCGAUAAGACCGAUGUGUUAAAGAUAAGACAGUGAAAACAGUUUUUAACUUGACUGUGAUAUCUACGCUUGUUAACGUCACUAAUAUUAGCGUUCCUUUAUUUAUUUAUGAUUGUCUAAUAAUAACUCAAUGUUACCAUUACGAGAAAUGUACCGUUUUUUAAUUUUUUGUGCAAUACAUUGUAAUAGUAUGAA